AUGCACCCCCUUCUCGUCUUCCUCCUCGCCUCGGCGGCGAUGGCGCAAGAAACCCAAGAGCAACCCUUUGUGAGUGCCUGGCCGGAAAAUCCCGUGGUGGAGUUCGGGAAGUCCUUAACGCUGAACUGCAGCACCAACUGCCAGAGCGUGACCUCGGGUGGCCUCGAAACCAGCCUGGAAAAGGAAGACACGGGAGAGGGGCCUACGUGGAAAGCCUUCCGACUUGUCAACGUCAAUAACUGGGAUUCCGCUCCUUCGUGCUACUUUGAUUGCAGCGAUGCCCCAGACAUGAAACCUCAUCGGGUGAAUCUCACAGUUUAUCGAGCUCCCACGCUGGUCAAGCUGGAUCCGGUGCCAGAGAUGGAGGUGGGAAAGAACUAUACCUUGACCUGCCGGGUUUCCAACGUGGCCCCCAUGCGGAACGUGUCCGUGACCUUCCUCAAAGGGGAGGAGGAACUGCACACGCAGACGUUCGAGAAGCAUGCCGCCCGUGAAGCCGGCGAUGUUGCAGCGAACCACACAAUAACUGCUGGGCGACAGGACAACGGCGAGGAAAUCAGCUGCCGGGCGGCCCUGGAUUUGAGGCCGGAAGGGCCUCUCUUUGAAACGACCUCCCACAACCAAUCGUUGAAGGCCGUCGUUUUCUUGCGGGAUCCCCGGCUCAUCCCUUUGCGCUCCAUGGAGGCGAAUACCUCCAAGACGGUGAGCUGUGAAGUGUCUGGGGUUUUCCCAGCCAAGGAGGCCAAGUUUGAACUGACCUUUGCAGAGGAGAGACUGACCCCCAGUGUGACUACAUGGGGGGACACAGCAAGGGCCAAGGCUCAGGUCUCGCCUUCGGUAGCAGGAAAUCACUCCCUGAAAUGCACAGUUUCUCUGGGGCCCGUGACCAGAACAGUGGAGGACCAAGUCUAUGUAUACAGUUUACCUGGCCUGGUUCUGACCGUCAGUCCCCGAGAGAUUCUCGCCAACAACCGCGUGGAUGUUGUCUGUGAGGAUUCCCACCCUGAAGACACCCAGCCCCGUAUCUUUUCGGCACGCAUCCGAAAUAGCAAGGGAGUCCUAGAGUCCGGAAACGUCUUUCCCCUCCGGGCCACGGUGACUGCUGUAGAAGAGGACGAUGGACAGGAAUUCACGUGUCAAGUGGAGGUGGAUAUCGAUGGGACGCCGGUUAUAAAGAAGACGUCUGCCAACCUCAUUGUCUACUAUGGACCCCAGAUGAAUGAUUCCAGCUGCCCCAGUACCCUGACCUGGAAGGCUGGGGGUGAGGAGACUUUCACCUGCUCAGCCUGGGGAAACCCAUCCCCAGAUGUCACGUGCAGGAAAGACGGGGUGCUCUACCCUCUCGGGGUGCCCCAGCUCAUCACUGAAGGCCACCAAGGCAGCUAUAACUGCAGCGCAUCCAACGCACACGGCUCUGUCGCCACUUUUGUGACUGUCCGCGUCGAAGUUGAAGAGCCCCCGACCCUUAUCAUCUGCUUGGCGAUUCUUGCCGCAGUGGUUUUCGCUUCUAUCGCCAGCGUGGGCUACUACAUGUACCACAAAAGCUACAAGAUGAGGAAGUAUCGCGUGUCCCAGAGGAAAGCACAAGGGAACUCCUCAGAGAAGAAAUGCCUGAACGGCAACGUACAAACGGACAGUGUGUCUCCUGGGAAUCGAAAAGCUGGGAAUCGAAAAGAGACGCGGCUGCAGGCAGCUGUUCAACAGGAGAAACGUCAGCAGGAGGCCGGCUUUGGGAGGGGAACGACGGAAGGGUCCCGCAGCUAG